UAUGCACUGUUAAAAUAACAACAUCAGUGAGGUCAUUUUGGGCCAAGUUACAACGUACGGUAGUCAACCUCAUCAACCAGGAAGUGAUUUUUGAUUGUUAAUUGAUAGCAGUCGGAAAAUUCGCUUAAAGCAGAAUAAGACCCUUUUGUAAAGUCUUCCAGUUCUUCGUGUAAGUAUCAACAUGAAUUGUACUUGUAUUAAAUGCAUCGUAUAAUUAUUUUUUAAUUGUACUAAAAUAUGAACAGUGUACUUGUAAAUAGGCUUUGGAGUAAUUGGUUAUUUAAAAAUGACGCCCAAUGCAUGUACCCCCUACAUUUCACAAUAUGAUCAUCAAUCCUGGUACGUUGUGUACAUUGUAUGACUUUUAAGUAUUAAAAUACUACUGAUUUGGGGUAUAGUGAACUGUUGUGAUACCCAUAACUAGCGACUUUAAUUAUGACAUUGGUCCCCAGCUCAAUAAAGCGUACUUUUUUCUGUAUACAUGUAUGGUAUAUAUGGAGGUCGGAUUACACCGUCCUCUGUGUCUGUGUCAUAUAAAAUCAUUUUAUAUACGAGUAUGUUCCUGUUUGAAAAUAAAAACGGUUUUCAAUUUCAGGACCUAUUAUAAAGAAUGUACCAGACGAUAAUGAAUUUCGUGACAUUUCUAUUCCUCUCCGUAGUAUUCCAUCUCUGCGAUAUAGCCUUCACCUCCACAAUUGUCAGUUUUUUUCCAAGAAGACAGACAGCAGUAGAGUUUAACAACAUGGCUAUUGAUAACGCCACUGGGACUGUAUAUGUUGGAGCUGUUAAUAUUCUUUACAGACUGGAUGGUGACUUACAACUAUUACAAAACGUAACGACUGGACCAGUCACGGAUAGUCCAUACUGUAGCCCUCCUCCUUCUCCCUGCUCACAGGGAACGCCCACAGACAACUACAACAAAAUUUUGGUAGUAGACCAGUCUAGGGGUAAACUGAUAUUAUGUGGUAGUGUAUAUCAAGGUACUUGUGAGUCUAGACCAGUCACUAAUUUAUCGCAGGUUACUACAUAUCUUGGCUCUGACCCACUGGAGAAUUUCAUUGCCGCCAAUUCUCCCGAUGCUUCCACUGUGGCUUUUAUAGCACCGGGGCCCAACUCACAGGACGUGUUAUAUGUGGCUUCUACAUAUACUGGACAGGGGUAUGUUGGUAGGCUUCGGGGGCAGGUAGCAGCUGUAAGUAGCAGAUCUCUUCAGACACUGGAAUUAACGAACUACAACGCUCUGUCCGGUAUAGGAACGUAUAUAACCCUCUCUCACACACGCAGUUCUUAUAUAGUGCAUUAUGUUGCUGGAUUUUCAUUGGAUGGUUAUAGUUAUUUCAUCACGAACCAAAAGACAACUCUUUUUAGUACAGAGUAUGAAUCGAGAUUAAUUCGAAUCUGCCAGAAUGAUGCCAACUACUACUCAUACUUCGAAAUGCCUUUGCAUUGCGCAGGAACCAAUCCUAACGUGUGGUUCAAUGUCCCAAAAUCAAUAUCAGUGGCAAAACUGGGAAAUAAUUAUGUACUAUUGGGUACUUUUGUCAGAGGAUCUAGUUCAGCUUUAUGUGUAUUUUCAAUGGAUAACAUAAACGUGUUAAUAAAAGACAAAUACGAGCAGUGUUACGGUGGGAAUGGAAAUACUGAGGCUGAACAGUUCCCAGGAGGGUUAAGACAAUGUGUUUCUGUUGCACCAGACUGGUAUUACUACGGGUCAAACUACUGUAACCAUGACUAUCGGGGUGUUAACUCACCACUGGUGUCAACCACCCAGGCAACAUCAACCCCUGCUCUGACAACCACUUCGUCCAUAUGGACAGCAGUAGCCACCACAACCACCACCAGCUACACUGUGGCUUUUGUAGGAACUGCUGAUGGACAACUAAAGAAGAUACUAAUUCAGUCCAAUACAUCUGCUGUAGAAUAUGCAUCAGUACAAGUGUCAAACGAUGAGGUAAAAGAUAUACAGUUAGACGGCACAGGAGAGAACGUGUAUGUUAUGGCCAAAUACAAGGUCAGUAAAUUAAAGGCAGAAGACUGUGCUAGUUUCAGUAGUUGUGAUGAGUGUUUGGCAUCCAGAGAUCCGUUCUGUGGAUGGUGCAGUCUGGAGAACAAAUGCAGCAGAAAAAGCCAGUGCUCGGAUGCAGAUGGCGUCGAAAGAUGGCUUCCCUUUGAUAAUGGACAGUGUACCAAGAUCAAUAACAUUGCACCAUCAAACACACCUCUAGCCAGACCCACACAGGUGAACAUGUCAGUUAACCUCCUACCCCCAGGCCAGACCUACCAGUGUGUGUUUGAUACCACAGCUGUCACUGCCACAGUCACUGGGGGGAACUUGGUGACAUGUGACAUACCCACAAGUUUACCUACUAUACCAGUUGGGGACGAUCACAUUACAAUAGCAUUAUCUAUCAAAUCAGUAACGACUGGAGUAAGGUUUUUAAUGACCAACUUCACAUAUUUUGACUGUGGCGCUCACUCAGGGUGUGUGUACUGUACCAGCAGUAGUUGGGCCUGUGACUGGUGUAUAUAUGUGUCCUGUACCAGCAGUAGUUGGGCCUGUGACUGGUGUAUAUAUGCUAACACGUGCACCCACGCCAGCAGUACUUGUAGUCCUAGUGGAGGGGUGAUACCAGGACAAAAUAGUCAUGUCAGUGUAGGUAUUAAAGGUCCCACCCUGUGCCCCCAGCUUCUGCCACGUGCACAGGACGUCCUGUUACCUGCUGGGGUACCUAAAAUGAUCUCAUUGAUUGGGAAGAACCUACCUGUGCCACAUGUAAAGAUUCACUUAAAUGUGGUUCUUUUAAAUCACGCUGGCCAAGGUGGUUACCAAUGUAAGAUAGGCACUAACACAGUCCCAGCUAUCAGACAGAGUGAUAGUGCCAUAGACUGUCAGGGCCACGCUUUUAUAUACACAGCCAAUACAGGUCAGGAAAAACACAAAAUCCAAGUGAUCUGGAACAAUAACCAUGUGAUUGAUCAACCGAUCGGCUCUCAAGUCAGUGCAACCCUGUACAAGUGUGACGUCAUGGGCACCACAUGUGGCACAUGUAUUGGUGCCGUGGAUACAAAGUUUGGAUGUGCUUUCUGUGGAGGAACGUGCAAGUACCGCCCAACAUGCAGUGUUCCAGCUGACAGCACUUGUCCUAAUGUCAUCAUCAACUGGGUUUCUCCACUGAGUGCCCCAGUUGAAGGUCACACAAAGGUCACCAUCAAUGGUACCAAUUUAGGCAUAUCUGAUGCCAGCAUACCCACUGUUAGACUGGCAGGCGUGGCCUGUAGACCUGUUGUAGAAGACUAUGUGGUGUCAAAAAGCAUUGUGUGUACGGCAGCAGAAACUCCAGGCAGGUUGGCCAGGAAUGGUUCCAUAGAGGUCCAGGUCCAGGGUUUGGGCAAAGUAUACCGCUACUCCAACCAAUUCAGAUAUGUGGACCCCAAGCUGGAGACAGUGUUCCCAGUGAAAGGUCCCAUGUCUGGUGGCACCAGGCUGACCGUGAAGGGGAAAGAUCUUAAUGCUGGCAACCUGGACAAUAUUAGCCUAACCCUAGGAGAGGAAAUGUUGCCUUGUAUUGUAGAUAGAAGCACAAUUGGCAGCCAUUCCACCAUUUGUACCACUCCAGGGGUCAGUAGGCCAAAUGUCGUGACCUCUGUCAGGAUGCUUUUUGACGGCAGUGUAAGAAUGCUGGACCAGGGCCCCUUCACAUACACUGAUGACCCUGUGGUGGACAAGAUAAUGCCACUUACCAGCUUCGCCAGUGGAGGACGGAUGUUGACAGUCACUGGAAAGUAUUUUGACUCAAUUCAACAGCCAAAGAUGUUUGUUUGGAGGGGAAAGGAAAAGUCGCACACAACGGAUUGUCUCCAUAUACCAGAAAUGUCCAGUACCACAUUAACAUGCCCAUCGCCAAGAGCGCCUAACGGGAUUCAUCCAACGCUUCAAGACACUUCAGGUUCCUUGCGCCUGAAGAGACAGUCGGACACCAAUACUAUCGCGAAGAUUGGCUUUAUAAUGGACGGAGUGGCAGCAGUGCAGAAUUUAACAAACAUCACUUCAACUCUUCAAUAUGUUGUGGACCCGUUGUUCCAGAAUUUGACCAGCGACGGUUCCGGUGUGAAAUAUCAAUCUAACACCAGCUUCGUAAUACGAGGACAUUAUCUCAACUUUGCCGCAAGCGAAGCAGACGUGACUGUUCUGAUUGGUGGGCAUAACUGUGACGUCACGGGUUUGGCUCCCAGUGUUCUCGUUUGCACACCGCCACAUUUUGAUUACGGAGAUAAACUGGUAGCUAUACGUAUGGGUAAUUUAGAGUACCAAGUGGGAUAUCUAAACUAUGGGGAUCCUCCGACAGUUCAUCCUGCAGCCAACUAUGGCUGGGUAGCCGGGCUAAUUGUCCCUAUUUUUGCUUUAUCUGUCAUUGGAAUCGUUACUGGAGUCGUUGUCUACAAAAGACGUGCAAAACGAGCUACUACCAAUCACAAAGGCGCCAGUGACACGGAUUACCUCGGUUUAAGCAGUCAAUUUACACCACCGCGUGUUAUCAACACUAUAGAGGACGCCUUGAUGCUGGUGAAAGAUGGCGACUUAAAGGUUGCUCUAAAGCCUGUACUGGUGAGCAGAGACCGGAUUAAAAUUGGAAAAUUAAUAGGCACCGGGCAUUUCGGUUGUGUAUUUGAAGCAGUUUACGAAGACAGCGAACAUUAUAACCCGUCAAAAGUAGCCGUGAAAACGUUUCAAGGAAAGGGUGCAGACAUUCAGCACCUAGAUGAAUUCCUCAGAGAAGGAGCUCUGAUGACGUCAUUCCGCCAUGAACACGUGUUGACAAUACUCGGGAUAUGCUUCGAAGUUGACGGCAACCCCAUGAUUAUACUACCAUACAUGGCCAAUGGAGAUCUCAAAACUUACAUCGAGAAUCCUAAGAAUGCACCUACUGGACUACAGCUGCUACAGUUUGGUUUGGACGUAGCCCGGGGCAUGGAAUAUCUUGCUGAGAACAAAUUUGUCCAUCGGGAUUUGGCUGCUAGAAACUGCAUGCUAGAUGACCAGCUGCGCGCCAAAGUGGCCGAUUUUGGACUGACUCGUGACGUGUAUACCAAGGAAUAUUACAGUUCCAGAGACAAGCAGGCCAAGUUGCCGGUGAAAUGGAUGGCGCCAGAGUCCAUGGAGAGGAACGUUUACACUUUUAGAUCUGAUGUGUGGUCUUACGGCGUACUACUUUGGGAGCUGUUCACUCGCGGUAAGGUGCCGUAUCCUGGUGUAGACGGAUGGGAUGUUCUGCAGUUCUUAAAACUUGGGAGAAGAUUGGACCAACCCGACUACUGUCCUCAGCAAGUGUACCAGCUAAUGCUGAAGUGCUGGUCAUGGGAGCCAGAGGAGCGACCAGACUUCACCUCUAUCGUAACACAAAUAGAGGAGACAGUGAGAGUCAACAUGGAAGUUGGUGGAGAACCUGGUAACAAUGAACAUGGAAAAGGGGGUGGUGAUUAUCCUAUGUACAUUGAAGUGUUCUAGGUACAAUGUAACAUAUGUAAAUAAUUUAGUCCAGUCGAUUUUUGGACAGUGCUUUUUAUUUGAUCUUUGCUAUGAGGAUGACGACAUAUGGAUUUGGUACCUUUUGUACCUGCAUAUUUUAUCUCAGCUGUAUGUUUAUUAAUGAUCUUAAGAAAUCACAUGGACAUGUUAUAUUAUGUUGGACAAUUAAGAAAAAAAAUGAGACUGCUUUCACUAUUGUUGAAUCUAGGUGUUUUUAGACUAUGGGUUAUCACAUGAUGCGCAUGCCACGUAAGAGUGCAUUCAGAACGGAUGACCAUCAGAGAAUUAGUGGCAUCGCUUUUUCAGUGGGGUCGGCCAUAUUUAGUCGGCGUCUCAGUUAGUCCGCUGAUCAUGUUCUGAAUGCGCUCUUAGAACAAAUUUGGACCACCGGCAGUGAUCAAGGACGCGGAAAUUGUUGGGCAAAGACAAAGUGAAAACUUUAAUGGCGUUUCACUAUUUAAUAGAAUCCAAUAGAAUUUCACACUUCUUGAGUAUCAUAUAUUACCUUUAAAAUAUGUUUUCUUGAUAUCAGAUAUCUUGCAAAUCAAACCAUACACUAUUAUACUGGAGGAGAUUAAGCAGAGUACUGAGCACGGCAAAUACACAUACAAAGAAGAACACAAAACCAGAGAAUGCAAGAGAUACAGACAGAGAGAAUUAGCGAGAAUAAGCACCGUUUAUCACAGUUUUAUUCUUCUUAUCAAUUUUUAAUAAAUACCUGUAUAACUAU